GAUUUCCCAAGGUUACUUAAGCGUGUCUCACUAUGCUUAGUUUCGAGGAUGUGCGCGUGUUUACAGCAACUCAGUCUCUAGGAUCCAAACGACUAACCUUCGGUCCACACCACCUCACAUUUCAGUUGCGCGAUUCCGACGUUAUGAUUAUGUACAGAGCAAUUGACGGGUUUCGCUUGUGCGAAUCACCUACUGAACGUCGAUUCACACCAUCCAUACUAACUGGAUAUACGAUUGUUUUGUAUACAAAAGAUUUCCAUAUUUAUGAAUUAACUGUAAACAGUCUUUCUGUUGCUCGUUCUCUUGAGCAGUCAUUAGAGGGAGUAUCCUCAAUCGAUGACGUAACAUUGCUUUACCCAUUCUCUUAUAAAUCCAACCAAUUAUCACUUUUACCCGCAAUAAAAGCCACUGAUUGGCCUAAUAAUAUCAAAGAGAUCUUGUCUGGUGGGAGUUGGCGUAGAAGCCAAUUAAAUGAGAAUUAUUUAUUGUGCAAUUCUUAUCCGAAAACAUUUGUUGUACCUGUUAAAUGUGAUGAUCAAAUGAUUAAAGAAAGUAGCCGAUUUCGUCAUGGUGGUCGUUUUCCUCUACUGGUAUACUAUCAUAAGCCAAGACAAACUACUUUAUUAAUAACUGCUGAACCAUUAAUUAAUCAAUCCACAAUUACCAACAAUCAAAAUACUUCAAAUUUAUUAUCAUCGUCUAAUUCUAGUUUAACUUCAUCAACAAAAUCGAAUAAUCUAAUGAUUAAUUCAUCUUCAAAAAAUUCCAUAUCACCAUUUAGUUCAACAUUCAAUACUGGUCGAUGUCGUUCAGAUGAACAAUUACUUACUUGUAUAUUACCAGAUAAAUGUAGAGGUGUUAUAUUGGAUUUAAGAACACAGAAUGAAACAAAAAAACCUCAAGCAACAAGUGGUCUUGUUGAAUUUGAACAAUAUUAUCCACAAUGGAGACGAGUUUGUAGACCGUUAGAAUCUACGGGUAACUUGAUUGUCACUUUCAGGAAAUUCAUUUAUGCUUGUACAUCAUAUGGUCGUGUAACUCGAUCUUCAAGCAACACAACAUUUGGUGCACUUCAAUCUGGAAUUAGUGAUUCUAUUGGAAUGUUGUCCAGUGCUGCAUUGAAUCCAAUAGGAAGUUUUGGAUCACGUAACUCCACGGCUGCAUCAAUCCCAUGUGAUAAUUCAGUCAAUUCAUUUAAUGAUAUCACUGUUCGUGAACAAAUAAAUACAUCGAGUAAAAAUGAAUUGAUCUCGAAUUUCGCUCAAUUAGAUAUUCAGUCUACUAAUUCAACUACUGAAUCUGAUUUAAGUAGUAAUAAUAAUAUAAAGAAAUCAAAAAAACUUUCAGCUUGGUUAUCAUUAGUUCGUGAAGCGUUAGCAGCUGCUGUUGCUGGAGCAACAGCUUUGGACGCUUUGGAUGCAUUCGCUCAACAACAACUUCAACAAGAACAAUGUUUGUUAGCUGAAAAACAGAGAAGAGCAUCAAAGGAGCAAAGUUUCGAAGAGGCAAAAUUACGUGGAUCAUGUGUAUUAGUGCAAAGUCGAAAAGGAACUGAUCGAGCUAUUCUCGUGGCUAGUUUGAUUCAAAUCAUAUUAAAUCCUGAGUCUAGAACUAUACAGGGAUUUCAAGAACUUAUCGACCAUACAUGGUUAAACGCCGGACAUCCAUUUGCAGAUCGUUGUCAAAAUUCCGCUUUCUCUCUUAAACCACCAAAAGAUGAGAGUCCAGUGUUUAUUCUAUUUUUGGAUUGUGUUUGGCAAUUACUUCGUCAAUAUCCGAAUUCAUUUGAAUUCACUGAUGAACUGCUUUGUAUUAUUGCAAAACAUGCUUAUUUCUCUGAAUACGGUACAUUUUUGGGCAAUUCUUCACAAGAAAGAGAACAAUUGGAUAUUUCAUCUAGAACAUUUUCUUUAUGGUCAUACAUCAAUCAACCAUUUGUGACUAGUCGUUUUCAGAAUCCAUUUUAUUCUGGUCAAAAAAAUGAUGAUAAUUCUCAAUCAACAACCAUAAUUGAUGGGAGUUAUGCAUGUUGGCCUUGUUUAUCUGCACAAGCAUUAGAUAUCUGGGAAGAACUAUAUCAGCAUCAAUUAGUUGGUAUUAAUCCUAGUCUAUGGAAUCUGCCUCGGGUUAUGGCACGUGUAAUUAAGGACAAAUUUGAAGCGGAACGGAAUAGAACUAUUCAAUUACGCAAGUAAUUUAUUUGUUUAUCUACUGUUGUGAAAACUAAAAAAUAGUUCUAUCUUAUCAUUCUAGACUUGGAUACUGAACGUCAAACUGGUUCGAAUGUUAUAGGGUAGUAUCAGUUCCUUCAUGAUUGUAGAUGUAUUUAUAUCCAGAGUUUAACACUAACUAUCUCGAACACAUAUAUAUUCUGGAACACUACUGAUUGAGUCAGAGCUUUAUGGAAAACUAUCACUGGAACUUAUAACUUCAAGUAAUGUUCGUCAGAGCUAUCAGCUUUCCAUAACUUCGAUCAUAGACAUUGUUUUAGAGAUAAAAUGUCGAAGUGGAUGCAUUAGCUCUUUGUUUUCCUUUAGAUCUUAAUUUUCUAAGUCACCUUAUAAAUUCUUCUUCAUCACACACAUCCAUAUUUUCUUCUCAAAUUGUUUCUUCAAUGCCUAGCCUUUUCUAUUAUCACUAACACUGUUACCACAUCUGUUGCCCUUGAAUUCGCCCUGACAAUUUCAUCUCAUCGUGCUAAUGGAGGUGGUAACAUUAACGGAUGUAUGUGUGUCCCACUUUCUACGUUUUGUGCGAUUGACUAACUGAACUGCGCCUGGAGCUUUUCUCAAGUUACAGCUGGUCCUUAGCCCAGGUGAAAAAGGGUGGAUUAGGUAUGAUGUUAGCAACGUUAUUCCCAUAAAAGAGAACUUCGCUGGAAAAUGUCAACCAGGAAAAAUCAUUUAAAGCUUUUGAACUCUAUCCCUAAGAGUUGAAAGAUCUUCAUUUUAAAAAAGUUAUGACAAUUCCUGGUGAAAGUCGAGAUUCUUCGGGAUUUAUGGUGUUGAUGCCCUUUCUGGCAACCAGAGGAAUAAUAUGAAAUGUCCGGACAAUGUAGAAGAACACUUGAUCAACUUAUGAAUGAAGCAAUCAAUGCAGGUAUUCUUCAUGUAAAUGAAUAAACUUAUUUAAGUAGUAUGUUCUUUUCUUGUUAACUUACUCAACUCCAUACUUGAUAUGUAAGAUAAUUUUUAAUAUUUUCUAUACUAUUUAUUUAUAAAUAAGUAGUAUGAAUAUAUUGUAAAUGACUAUUGAAUAAUCUCUUCAUGAUUUAUUUUGUUUUAAAUCACUAUAUUAAUCUUUCAAACAAUAAACUAAUGAACAAAUGAGUCGCUGUGGUGUUCAUUUAAUAUAAUGACCGUGAUAUUGUA